UCCAUAUACAAAUCAUCGACGUCUUCACCCUACAGCUAAGACUCCGAUCGACACUCUGUAACGUCCAACCACUUAUACCACCCUCCCAGCUUUUAAUCGAGCUUAUCAUCUUUCCAGGAUAACCGUCAGAAACUCCAUCUAUAAAUGUGUUUGCUCCUUGCACAAAAAAAAUGUGUUUGCUCCCAGCGAUGAACAUCAUGGCAUCUGCGAAAACUAAAGCACGAUCCCUGCAAAUCAUCAACUCAACAAUGGCGCAAACCUCCAUCCUGCUCCCUACGAUGAACAUCAUUGCAUCUGCGAAAACUGAAGAACAAUCCCUGCAAAUCAUCAACUCAACAGUGGCGCAAUCCUUCAUCCUGCUCGCCGAUUUGAAAGCUGGCCGGUUCUGGCAGUGGAGAUUCAACAGCGGCAGAUUCCUCACACCACCGCGACAAGAACAAAUCAUAACCUCCAUCAAGUAUUUGGUGGAAACUGCAGCAGAAGAUCGUUCCGAACAGAAGCAAGCUGAUCUCACCAUAGAUUCUUCCGGUUGCAAAGUUUUAGGGGCCCAUCACCAGGACUACUCAACUUAUAAUGUCAAUGAUUCGUGUUGCCAAUGUUAUUGGUAGAGACGCUCUCAAUCCUUCAUGAGAAGUUGGAACCCAAGGUCAUCGUGGCCACUAGCAUAAACCCAGAACUUGUAAGAGGUAAAUUCGGCUGGUUACCAAAUGUGUAUGUAUAAGGAAUUUCCAACUUCUGAUGCGUAUGUCUACUUUUGGUAUUUGUCUUAUUAUGUCCAACUUAUGUGUCCACCUUUUCCAGCUCUCCUAUUUUUAAAAGCUACGUCUGGGGCCACUUUAAAGUUUAACUGUUCGAUGAGUAAGUUUCUUCUGAAUAUAUCAACCACUGCAGCUAACAUGGCUUGACUGAAGUGACGCCUCAAGUGGUUCCAAGUAUGGAGGUGUUCAGACAACCGAGAGCGUGACUGUGGCGUAGCUUAGUACAACAUUUGUUAUUGGUAUUAAUAUGCCACUCUUUCAGUCUACACUACUGCAUUGUAACAAAAAAAAAAUUGGUCUUAAUUAUUUUUGACAAAAAAAUAGAAUUCCAUGUUAUCAUAGUUCUACUAAAAUUAUACUAUUAUUGUUAUUUUUUUUGUUUAAAACUCAAAAUUAAAUUUUAAAAUAUGCUAUAUUUUCUUGGUCAA